AUCAUAAUUUCUAAUAUCAUCGUUUUCCUUCAUUGAUAGAAACAUCAGAAAACAAAAAAACUUUAAGCAAAAAAAUAUGGGAAGGCUUCAUCUUGAUGAUCAUAAUCAUGAUCAUGAUUUAAUUCUCCAACAUUUCAGCCAUCCACAUACCUUAAAACUACUGAAUUUCAAUUCUCAAAUUAUACCUAACGAACUAGUAAUUACCUGUGCAGCCUGCAAAUUACUAGCAUAUGGAUGGAUGUACAGUUGCACUUCUUCCUGCAGCUAUUUUCUCCAUAAAACCUGCUCAAAAAUGCCACCAACCAAGAACCAUCCGAUUGAUCCACACCAUACCCUAACUCUGCUACCAUUUCCAGUAUAUUCUCAAGGUUCUUUCAAGUGCAACGCUUGUGGGGAUCACGGUACAGGGUUCUGUUACCACUGUAAGGACUGCAAAAUUGAUCUGCAUAUUCUUUGUGCUCACAUGCCUUCUUCUGUCAAAAGUUCUAACUCUCAUAAUCAUGUGCUUAAUCUUUGUUUCUCUCCUCCGUAUCAUAAAAAAGCGUUUCGGUGCGAUAUUUGUAAUAGAUCUGGCUCAAAUCACUGGCUUUAUCGCUGCGAAUCGUGUAGUUUUGAUGCUCAUCUUAACUGCGCUAUCGCUGACACGCAGACGAAUUCAAAACAGCAACAGCAACAGCAGAACCAAGUUGCUGAUGCUCCCAUUUAUCAGGAACAGCAAAACCAGGCUGCUAAUCCGAUGAUUCAGCAGAAACAGCAGAACCAAGUUGGUAACCCUACGGUUUAUCGAUUUGCAUCAUCAGCUAUGGUAUCACCAUCACCACCGCUGCAGCAGCAGCAAUUCUGGAGACCGAACGUAAUUCCUACUGUAGGAUCUUCAAGUUGGUUCGAGCAUCCUGUUGAUCAAAUGGCCGGUUACAGGUCAGGUGGUAUGGCUGGUCCGAUUAGUCCUUAUAAUGGGUUUGUUGAGGCUCCAAGAAAUAACAGAUUUACGGAGAAUAAUAUGACGGGGAUGGUGAUUAAAGGAGUUUUGGAAGGUGUUUCCCAACAAGCAGGUCAGAUUCUUCUGGCAAGUAUCUUCGGUGGUUUCUCAUUCACUUGACGUGCGAUACGCUCGAUCAAGUUCAGUGAUCUUCUACUUUGUUUCUCUUUGGUUCUUAAGAUUGGCAUUAGUGGGGUUAAAUAUUUUUUAGGUCACCGAAUUAUAGUGUUUUU